AUGCUAUACAAAACUACAAUUGUUGAAUGGGAGGCAUUCACCAAGUUUUCCAGGAACAACUUACUUGAGACUUCCAAAAGGCAAGAACUUCUCAAAACAAGAGUCUUUGGUGGUUUAGAAUUUGUUUUCUUUAUUGUAGUUGGGGUUUGUUUAAAUAAAGCCAAAAAAAAGUCUAGUGGAAAUCAAAAUAGUUAUCAUCAUGCAAUAUUUGGAUUUAGAAGGUAUAGUUAUUAUGAGUUGAAGGUAGCUACAAAGAAUUUUAGUAAUGAGAUUGGAAGAGGUGGAGGAGGGGUUGUCUAUAGAGGUACAUUGCCAGAUCAAAGAGAUGUUGCAAUAAAGAGAUUGAAUGAAGCUAAACAAGGAGAAUGGGAGUUUCAAGCCGUGGUAAGCAUCAUCGGAAGGCUUAAUCACAUGAACUUGAUUGAAAUGUGGGGAUAUUGUAUUGAAGGUAAGCAUAGAAUUUUGGUAUAUGAGUACAUGGAAAAUGGCUCUUUAGCUGAAAAUCUUUCAUCUAAAACCAACACACUUGAUUGGAGUAAAAUGUAUGAUAUCGCUUUAGGAAUAUCUAGAGUUCUAGCUUAUCUACAUGAAGAAUGUUUGGAGUGGAUUUUAGAUUGUGAUAUAAAGCCACAAAACAUACUUCUUGAUUCUAACUUUCAGCCCAAGUUAGCAGAUUUUGGAUUGUCUAAGCUGAAAAAUAGAAACGAUCUCAAUAAUAACUCAACAUUCUCAAUGAUUAGAGGAACAAGAGGAUACAUGGCCCCUGAAUGGAUUUUCCAUUUACCAAUAACAUCUAAAGUAGAUGUUUAUAGUUAUGGGAUUGUUGUGUUGGAGAUGAUAACUGGAAAGAAUCCAACAUUAAUGAAUAUAGAAGGAGAGGAUGGAGAAAUGACAUACAAUGGAAGUUUGAUAAGUUGGGUGAGAGAGAAAAAGAGGAGCCAAUGUUGGGUGGAAGAAAUUUUGGAUCCAGCAAUUGGGACUAGUUGUGAUUUAAGUAAGAUGGAUAUUUUGGUUAGAGUUGCUUUGGAAUGUGUAGAGGAAGAUAUGGAUAUUAGGCCUAAUAUGACUCAGGUGGUUGAGAUGCUCCAAAAUAAUGAAAUAGUUGUUGAGUGA